CCAUUUCUUCACCAACCUUCUCUUCAUACACCCACCCCCUCUCUUUUCUCUCUUAAUUAAACUCCCAUUUCUUUCUGCUUCUUUCUUUGUCUUCUUCCUUUUCGACGACCCCGAGGUGAUCACAGAAAACCCAAUUAUGGAUCAAAACUACAACUCUUUCUGUCAAUUCAGCGAUCAGCUUCGGCUUCAGACUGCUAAUCUUGCCAAUUUGUCCACCAAUGAUUCCAUUUGGAGCAACUCCUUUGUCUCUAAGAAGAAUCACAACAACUUCGAUGUUCGCGUCGGAGCCGAGCUUUCUUCUUCUAACUCCGACUCUUAUAAACUUCCCUCCGACCUUAACACUCUUAAUAACGACGGUUGGAACAGUUUCAAAACAAGUGGGUCAGAUCUUCUCAACAUGAACACGAAGCCACUUGGGUUGGCCAACAAAACCAAGGAUCCGGUGAACGAUUACGAAAUAUGGAACAGUUUCAAGCCGGGAACCGGGUUGGAUCAUAUAGGCAUUAACCCAAACCCGAAACAUCUCGGGUCAAGCAACACAAAUAUCAACGAUCAAACGAACGAUUUCGGGUCAUGGAACAGUUUCAAGUCAGGAAUUGGGUCGAACUUUCUAAACCCUAAACCGAAUCCAAUCGGGUCAGGCACAAACCCAAAGGAUUCAGUGAACGAAUACGGAUUAUGGAACAAUUUGAAGCCAAAACCCACCGCUGAUUACAACGGAUUCAACGACGGGUGGAAAAUCGGACCAACGGUGCCGGGAAAAAACCAGAACUCUAAGGAAAUCGAAACUAACAAUGGUGUGGGAAAUUACAGGAAGGGAUUGUCCUACAAAUUGGGGGUUCCGGCAAAUAGUAACGGGAAUUUUAAUUGGAAGAACAACGUGGGUGAGGUAGCUGAGCAGGGCGGAGGGAAAGGGGGGAAGAAAGGGAAUAAGGGGAAAAAUGAAGCGGAGAAAGAGAAGAGGUUCAAGACGUUGCCGGCGGCGGAGGCGCUGCCGAGGAAUGAGAGAAUCGGCGGGUAUAUAUUCGUGUGCAAUAACGAUACGAUGGCGGAGAAUUUGAAACGGCAGCUUUUUGGUUUGCCGCCACGAUAUAGGGAUUCAGUUAGGGCAAUAACGCCGGGGCUGCCGCUUUUUCUGUAUAAUUACUCCACCCACCAACUUCAUGGAGUUUUUGAGGCUGCAAGCUUUGGAGGAACAAAUAUUGAUCCGACGGCUUGGGAGGAUAAGAAAUGCCCCGGAGAAUCCCGUUUCCCUGCUCAGGUGAAAGUAAUAACAAGGCAAAUAUGCGUGCCAUUGGAAGAGGAUUCAUUCAGGCCAAUUCUUCACCACUAUGAUGGCCCUAAAUUCCGACUUGAGCUUAGUAUUCCGGAGGCUAUUUCUCUCCUUGAUGUUCUUUCUCACCAAAAUUCUUAAACUUUACCACAUUUACUUGACUCUAGCUACCUACGAGAAUAAAUCCUUCAUGUAAAUACUUAUAGAUCACGUAGAUUUUUUAUCUUUUAUAUAAAUAAUAAUACUCGAAAUUUGAAAUAUCUUAUAUCAUAUCAAUUAGUUUGUAAGGAAAAUAUAAUUUAGAUUUAUUAAACUGAGUUAUAGUAAUAAA